AUACACUCACACAACCGCACACACACGAGUGGCAAGCAGUACGGACUACGUACGCAACGUACUCGUGCCGCGAUAACAACGCCAAAUUAUCGAGUCUGCGCCAACUGCGGAUGGCAAGUGCAAAUCUUGAAGCCAAGUGGCCAAGUGGCGGUGGUCCCAGAGGCUCUGGAGGUUCCGUGGAGCUGGUCCACUAAAUAGACCCCAAUCCGUUGGCCCUUAGGUUGCCCCAAAUCCCGUUUUUGGUCGGCAGUGUGUCUCGCCAGUAUGGGGCAUUAACCGAAAAAGAUAUAAACGCGGUUCGCGAUUCUCGAUUCUCGACUCUCUAACACACAACAUCCAAAAAAAGAAAGUGAUUAAAGUGGCAACAAAACAAAUGCGUCGCACCAACAGCUGGAGCGACAGCAGCAGCAGUAGCAGCGGCAGUGGCAACAACGGUAACUGCUGCUCGUUAUUAUAGUGCAACAUCGGGUUUUUGCUUCAAGAUUCAAGAACAAUCCGCAAAUAGCCGCCAAAGCGAGCAUAACGGCCAGCAAAAUGGCUUUGCAUUCGGCAUUAGCAAGUGCAACACAGCAUCACCAGCAACAACACCAACACCAGCAGCAUCAACAGCACAUCAAGUGGCAGCAACAUGCAACAAAGCGGCGACGCUGCCGUCAACAUUGGAUUAAACAUCUUCAGCUCCUGGGUCUGGUUGUCAUCGUCCUGGCCACCACUCCCUGCCACGCCCAGCAACAGAAGUUCCGCACCACGCCCCAUGACCUGCAGGUCCUGGAAGGAGCCGAGGCCAUGAUGCGGUGCGAGGUGGCCAACCUGGCCGGAGCAGUUCAGUGGACAAAGGAUGGCUUUGCUCUGGGCUUCUCGGCGGUGAUACCCGGCUACCCCAGAUACUCCGUCCUGGGAGAUCGCAAGCAGGGCGUCUACAACCUCCGGAUCUCGAAUGCCUCGAUUAGCGACGACGCCGACUACCAGUGCCAGGUCGGCCCUGCGCGGCUCAACAGUGCCAUCCGGGCGAAUGCCAAGUUAACAGUCAUAUCUCCGCCAGCCUCGAUCGAGAUCAAAGGUUACAGCCACAAUUCCAAGGUGGAGGUGCGCGAGAACCAGGACCUGCAGCUCAAGUGCAUCGUGUCCAAUGCUAAGCCGGCGGCCCAAAUCGUAUGGUAUCGCGGCAAUGUGGAGUACAAACCAGAAAAAGGAGAAGACCUGGUGGAGGAGACAUCCUCCAAACGGUUCACCACCACAUCCAGCCUGAAGCUGAAGCCAGGAUCCGAUGACGACUACACGGAGUACACGUGCCAGGCCAAGCACAAGGCCCUCUCGCCGGACAUGCCCAUGCGAGUCACCGUUCAACUGUCCGUGUUGUAUCCACCGGGACCGCCGUACAUCGAGGGCUACUCUCCGGGCGAAACACUGCGUCGUGGACAAACCGUAGAACUCAUGUGCCGGAGUCGGGGCGGCAAUCCGCCAGCUCAGCUAAUUUGGUACAAAAAUGGAUCCCAGAUACGUAUGGCCUACAGAACAUCUGGUCGAUUAUCGGAGAAUAUCUAUACCUUUACCGCCGAGGCGGGCGACAACAAGGCCAGAUUCCGGUGCGAGGCCAGCAAUGUAAUGUCCCAGACGCCUCUGAAAGCGGAAGUGGAGCUGUCUGUCCUGUUUGCACCCACCUACGUCACCGUAAUGGGACCCACCGAGGCCCGGGUCGGCGAUAUUGUGCCACUGACAUGCACCACAGCGCCAUCGAAUCCGCCCGCCGAGAUCAAGUGGAUGGUUGGUGGGCGGCAGGUGCGCAAUGCCACCUCAAAGACGAUUGUCAGUCCCGAGGGCGGCUGGACGACCAGCUCGAACAUCACCGCCACCGUGGAGCCCAACAAGCGCUCUCUGGUCGCCAUCUGUCACGGACUCAAUAUGCAGCUGACCGAGAAUGUGGUCUCCACCCACACCAUCAAUGUUCUGUAUCCACCCGCGCCGCCAUUAAUUUCUGGCUAUAUAGAGGGACAAAUUAUCCCAGCUGGGUCGGUGCAAAAACUGCUCUGCGUUUCAUCAGGCGGCAAUCCGUUGGCGACGCUAACAUGGUAUAAAAACGACAAAAGGAUCAACUCGGUUAUCCGCUCGGCGGACAAGUCGGUUUCGGCCGAAAUCACCGUUCUGGCGAAUGUGUCCGACAACCAGGCCCAGUACCGCUGCGAGGCCUCCAACAGCGCCACCGAAAUACCCCUCUUCCAGUCCACCACACUAAGUGUUCACUUUGCCCCGGAGACGGUCAAAAUACGCAUUGAACCGGAAGAACUGCGACCUGGCAUGGAGGCAACAAUCAUCUGCGACUCCAGCUCUAGCAAUCCGCCGGCCAAGCUGUCCUGGUGGAAGGACGGCAUCCCCAUCGAAGGCAUUAAUAACACGUCCAAGCCGGGCCUCUGGGGCGGCACGGUCUCUACGCUGGAGUUCCGGGUAAACAUCACACAGGAAAUGAACGGCCAGGUGUACACCUGCCAGAGCGCCAACGAAGCCCUCCAAAGGAGCGUCCACGAGGCGGUCACCCUGGAUGUGCUGUAUCGCCCAAAAUUUGUGCCACCACCUUCAUCGACGGCGGUGGGUGUGGAAGGCGAAUCGCUCCAGGUUUCGCUGCAAACUCGCGCCAAUCCAACCACCGUCACCUACAAAUGGACCAAAGACGGCAUUGCCAUUCCACAGGAUGGGGAGCAUCGCAUCUUUGCAGACGGAGGAAGCCUCAAUUUCACAAGGCUUCACAGGGAUGAUGCCGGAAUCUACUCGUGCACGGCCAGCAAUUCGCAGGGCAAGGCCACCCUAAACAUCACCGUGGUGGUGGAGUACGGGACCACCAUCAAGUCGGUGUCCGAGAAUAUAGUCGUGAAUCCUGGCGAGGAUGCGAUGCUAUCGUGCACUGUGGAGGGCAAGCCCCUGACCGAGGAGCACGUAAAGUGGGAACGGGUCGGCUACGACAUGACAGUGAAGACAUCGACCACUUUUGCCAACGGCACCUCCUACCUUCACAUCAAGGAUGCGCGACGCGAGGAUGUGGGCAACUUCCGGUGUGUGGCCGAUAAUCGGGUUGCUAAUCCAACCAAUCGCGAUAUCCUGCUAAUUGUUAAAUUUUCCCCGGAAAUCGCCAAGGCAGCUACCCUUCUCAGAGCUGCUAGUGGAACGGGAGAACGUGGAAGACUGCCCUGCCGCGCCCAAGGAUCCCCCAAGCCUCAGUUCAUUUGGCGCCAGGACAAAAAGGACCUGCCCAUCAACCGAACAUACAAGUACGAGGUGGAGGAGCGCAAGAUCGACUCCCUGACCUACGAAUCCACCCUGAUCGUGGACAAGGUGGCGCCGGCGGACUACGGGGCGUAUGAGUGCGUGGCCCGCAACGAACUGGGCGAGGCGGUGGAGACAGUGCGUCUGGAGAUAACCUCACCACCGGAAACGCCAGUUGUCCUCAAUAUCCUGAACGUGACCCAUGACACGGUGACUGUGGCCUGGACGCCUGGAUUCGAUGGCGGCCUAAAGGCCUCCUACCGAGUGCGCUACAGAAUGGCCGACCGUGAGCAGUACAAAUAUGUGGAUGGACUACCGAAUAGCCACAAACUGACCAUCGGCGGGCUGCGCAUGAAUUCGCUCUAUCUGUUCUCGGUUAUGGCCUGGAAUGAUCUGGGCCAAAGCAGUUACCUGCCGGACUUGGCCCGGGCCCAGACAAAAGCCGAGGCACCGCCACCCUCGCAUCCGGCCUCGUCGCUGGGAGGCGGACCGCCGACCACUAGCCAGACGCCGCUGGGCGGCACAUCGGGAAUGCUGCUGGUGGGCGUGGGCGCCGGGGUCGUAGUCGUCCUGCUCAACGUGUUUGUUAUCGGCUGCUGUCUCCACAAGCGGAACGAGAAACGCCUCAAGCGAGGAGCUGAACCGAUGCCAGCCGAGUUAACCGAGGACUCCAGCAAUACACCGAACCUGGUCAUAAUUGGCAUCGCCCUGGCGGCCUUUGGCUUCCUCCUGGUGAACAUGGCCCUGGUGGCCUGGUUUGUGGUCCAUCAUCGGCGCAAGAAAGUGGCGGAAACUACAAAUCAACCGGCAAAAACGGCAACCAUCGAGAUGUACGCGCCCAGUUCGUAUAAUGACACAGUUACCGGCGAGACGUUGUCCAGCGUAUCGGAGAAGAGCGAAUCCUACUCCAAUGAGGGCAACAGCCAACCGGAAUAUAUUGACGAGGCGCGCAAAAAAGCGGCAUCCACGUAUCUGGUUGAGGGAGCGGAUAUGCCACCACCCAGAUAUCAGAAGGAUGGCACCUUGCCAGUCAUAUAUCCAAAUAAUAUUGUGAACGCCUGCACACUGCCACACCCGAGGCACAACAACGGUGGUGCCACCAUCCAAAUGACCCGGGACGAUCAGAUGCUAAUCAACAAGGGCGUCUAUAUUCCGUCCCCAUCUCCGGCGCCACCGCCAGAUGGCUCCUACUACAACAUGAACAGCGACAGAUACUUGUCCUAUCCGCCAAUGGAAUACCCGGCAGCCCUGGACUUCACCGCCCAACCAAUGCCCAUGGCCCAUCUACAGCCCAUUACAGUGACUUCGCAGGCGGCGUUACUGGCCAGCAAUGGCGGAGCCACGCUCAUCGCCAACGGAUCAGCUGCCUCGGGGGUACCAGGUGGCUCGGGCACCCUGCGACGUGGCAUCCUGCGCGGGGUGGUGGGCGUUCCGCCACCUGACGUAACCCACCACACGUCGGCGGUGGGCAGUCCACUGCAGGUGCUGCAUGAUCUGCAUCCUGUCAAUCUGAGCGCCUCCACGCUCACCACCAGCACCACCCUAAACGGUAGCCUCCCGACGGCAACCGCCGGCACGCUACCCCGCCAGCCACACGGCAUCCUCAAGGACCCCAAUCGCAAUAAGCAGCAGCAGCAACAGCAACUGCUUAACGCCAGCCUUGUGGGCGUAGGCGUGCCUGUAUCGGCGGGCAUGGGAAGCCUGCAGAUCCUGAACCUGCCGCCGGCGGGCACCGGACUGGGCAACAAUCUCCUGAUGACUACCAGCGGUGCCUUCGAUCCUACGGCGGCGGGCAUGAGCAGCUUCGCAGCCGUUAGUCAAGCCGGCGGCAUCCCGGUGGCCUACACGGAUGCGGAUGGACACCUUGUAUAGCUGUAGGCGGGAACUGGGGCUUUCGGAGGCAACAUCAACACCACCACCGCCACCAUGAAAUCCAACACGGAGCCCCGGUUCUGAGAAGCAUCUCAACAACGUCACUAUCCUAUCCUACAUACUCGUAUCUGUAUCCAGUAUCCAACAACCUGCUCGCCAGGACGUAGCUAGUUUAGGAGCUUUCUAUUCGGUAACCAGGGUCCCCCGUCCCCCGUUCCCCGUCCGACUGUCCAUUGGCCAUUACCUUAUUCAAAUCAGCCAGCGAAUUAGUUUAUGUAAAUUUUUACCAAAUUCUUUCUGUAUAGCCCACACCCCCGAGUGUGGGUGUUUAUUUAGAUAAGGAUGGGUGGUGUCGCGGGGGAGUGAGCAUAAUUUCGUCGAGAGUUCCACUAAUUAGCCGGGGCCAAGAUGGCCGAGAGGAGUACAAGAAACAGGGCCAGAACAGGCACCAGAAACGUUCCGGCGGCGUGGCGUAAAAGGCAGGCCGAAAUAAUUUGAAAUUUCUUUAAGAUGAAAUGGGGGGUUGGGGAGCGAAAAACGCGAAACGGUCCAAAGCCGUUUGACAGCUCCCUGGGGCGUGCUCUGGCUCAAGUCGAGUGGGCACGUGAUUGCCCUGGACGCCGCCGCCAGUGACCAUGGUCGGAAGUUGAAGGUUGACAGCCGCUAGCUGCUCCAACGCACCCCCAAACUCUAAGAUUGAGGAGCUAGAUUUGGACCAAUUCCCCUUUUAAUGGCUGCCAGGAAAAUCCGACUUGGGAAAUAUUCUAUAAAAGUAGACUACCUUGGAGGAGGUUCUUAUUGCUUUUUAAUUUUCAAUGAAAGGGAUUGCAAGAAGGGAAGGUCUUUAAAAACUGCAGACUCCUUUGGAGGUUUUUCUAUCGUGCCAUUUGAUAAACUUUUCAAAAGUGAAUCUUUUUAUUAAAUUAUUUUCAAAAUUCAACAGUUUCUGAUAAAAAAAAGGAGUGUAUUUUUGCCCAUAAAAUCAAUUGCAAUGCUUACCAUUUCGGCAAUCGAUAGUUCCCUCAAAGCUUUUGUACAGUGGGUGCUCCUCGAGACAAAUCCUUCGAAUUCAAAUGCUUCAAAUGCGCUGCCACGCCCUCGCUCACAUUAUGUACAGAAGUUGGCUCUAUCUGCGCUCCAGCUGCCAUUCAUCGGGCACAGCUCGAGUGGCAUUGCCGCACAUAAACAGUUUUCAUUUGCCACUCGUCGCAGCUCAGCGAGCGUGACAUGCCAAUCCUGGUCUGGUCGGUCGGCUGCUAAGCCAUUAUCCUUCCUCACCCAUCCCAGAAGUACCCCAAAAAGCAAAGCAGUCCCGGAAUCUCUAGGACCACUCCAAGGGCUCAAAUGUUUUUGGUGGGGAAAGCGUUAAACACACGCCGCCCUCUUUCUCGCCCACCGCAUCCUUACGUCCUUGCAUCCGUAUCUUGUGCUUUGACUUUGUAGUCAAGUUGCCGGGGAUCCUCGAGCAUCGAGCAUCGUGCAUAAUUGCCAGCAGCAUCUCGGAGCGUAGCGGAAUGUGUGGAUUUUAAUAUUCAUUCGUCUGUAAUUGCUGCAUCUGGAGAGUGCAGACAAUCGCAGCUGCACUUGCCUCUCUCAUCCUUUCAUCCUGCAACAGGAUUAUCGCAUGUGAAUAAAUGCCCUGAUUUCGGGAAUAGAUAUUGUGGAUGGAAUGGGAUCUGUAGAAUGGCAAGGAGGGGCGGCGGUAAAACAAACACUGACGUGAAUCCUCUUCAGUGUGUAAUUAAAAGUGAAAUUAUCUUUGAAAUUAACGCACGCGUAGACAAAGACAAAGGCGAAAAGGAAAAGCGAGUGGGAAAUGAAGAAAAAUGCUCCGAAAGCUGAGAACCGAGAAUGGAAUUAAGAACGAAGAUGAGGCAACUUUGUAUCUGUGUCUGUGUGGGUCUCGGUUUGGGUGUGUGUGCUUGCCACACAUGGAUUUCCGCCAUUGAAUAAUGACGAUUGCAGUGGCCAGAUAAAGGUUAAAUGAGCAGGAAAACAAGGGGAAUUAUUUUGCAGAUGAGCCUGUUGCUGGAUUCCGCCAUGCCACCCACCUAUCAAAUGACAGAGGGCGUAGGGGGACUCUGGGGCCCUAUUAUGUAUAACAGAUAUGUGAAUGUAUAGCUUGUACUAACCACUCAACGAGUAGUGCUGCCAAAACUGCAUUAAUAAUUAGCAUUAAGCUGGAUCCGUAGCCUAAGUAGCUAAGCCAAAACAAAUUUCGAAUUCAAUCAGCAAGCCAAACCAUUCAAAGUUGUACAAUACCACAGAGACGCAGAAGCAGCAGUAAGGAUUAUUAACUAAAUAUUAACAAACAAAAAAAAGGACAAAUGCAGGUAUAUCGAUACAGAGACACAAACACACAGACAGACUAACGACAGAGUCAUUGCAAUUCAUAGGUGUAAUCGUAGCAUACAUUUUCGCGUCUCGUAACUCUUAGAAUCCUGUCCCCCAUCCUGAGGAGCACUAAGGAGGACAUAUACUUAGGAAUAACUAACUCGCUGUUUUUCUUAGGGAUAACUAUUUGAUUGCACUCGAACUUAAUACUCAAACGAAAUCGAAUUCGAAAUCGAUAUGUAUCUUGUAACUGAAUCCACAUUUAAGAAGCCCCAUCUCACACAAAUCUUGUAUGUCUUCCCCAGCUUGACGAUUGUUUGUUGCAUUGAUUUUAUCCGAAUACGUACUUAUAAUAUAUAAAUUAAAUUAAAUAUAUGUAUGGUAUAUAAGUUAAAUUUAAGCACACUUGUCGGGGGAAAGUAAAUAAGACUUAUUGUAGAUAAUUAUGUUUAAAACAAUUAACGAAUCGAAUCGAAUAGAAACGAAAUCAAGUUGUUCAAUUUUGUAUUUUUGCCAAAGAGAUAUUUGUUAAACAAAGAGCCGAUAACUUGAUUCUAGAGUCUAGACUAUUUUUUCUCUCAGUGUGAGUGUGUGUGCUUGUUUCACUCUCGCUGUACUGUAUGUACUUACAAUUAAUUGUUGUUAAUUGUGCGAUUAUGUAUUUCUAUUUCUAACUGAAUCUGUGUAUGAUUUUCGAAAUCCUCUCACUCGAUAUUAAACGUAGAAUAAUUGCAGCUGCAGCUGAAGGCGAUGACACACAAGACUUGAAUACUGAACCUAGGCUAAUGUUAAAUGUUAAUUCAAAUCGAAACUUAAAUGCAGCUACAUACAUAAGUAAAUAAAACAGAGAACUAAUUCUAAACACUAGAAAAGUGUGUAUGUGUGUAUAAAGCGGAUUAUUUACCACAGUAUGUGAAUGUUUUUACGACAAUUAUUGAGUUAUUUGAAUAUAUAUUUUAUGUAGUCUGUAUGCGUAUAUCUAAUACAUGUAAUUAACUGAAACUGGUUGAGAAGCAUUUGUACAGUAGUCGAGAGGAAAACAAUAAUUAAAAAGGCGUAAGUUCAUUCAAAGAAGCAAAAACAAAAAACAAGAUAAAAUAAUAUAUAAAAAUUAAAAAAAAAAAAGCAUAGUUCAUAAAUCAAAGCAUAAGCCGCCACUCAGAAAAAUUGUAUAAAAGAAAUAAAAUAAAAAUAAAAAAAUAUUGAAAAAAAAGAAAAUUAAUGCAUAUUAAACCUACUGCAUUUUUAAAAACGAUCUGUUAACAAAUGAAUAAUAAAAACGUAAAAAAAACGAUGAAUACCAAAAA